UGGGCCCCUUAAGCUUUAGCAGGAGAGGGCACACUGUAAACAAGCCCCACAGGUGCCAGAGCGAAGUAGUAGGCAAAUCUGCCUGACUGUACCUGAACCCACAAGUGUGCAGAGCCUUUACCUACUAGUGGCCCAACGUGGCCCCACCCGGUCUGAAAGCUGCAGGUCCCAUCUCCUUCCAUCAUGACGGUUGCUACCAGCGACCCUGCAGAUGAAGCAGCCGCACAUCCAGGUCAGCCUCAUGACCAUUACGACCCAGAGCCGGAUCAUGAAUGCUGCGAGAGGGUUGUCAUUAACAUCUCAGGCUUGCGCUUUGAGACGCAGCUUAAGACACUUUCCCAGUUUCCAGAGACACUGCUGGGUGAUCCUAAAAAAAGGAUGAGGUAUUUUGAUCCCCUCCGGAAUGAGUAUUUCUUUGAUCGGAAUCGGCCAAGUUUUGAUGCUAUUCUGUAUUAUUACCAGUCUGGAGGAAGACUGCGCCGACCUGUUAACGUGACUCUUGACAUUUUUUCUGAGGAGAUCCGGUUUUAUGAAUUGGGUGAGGAGGCUAUGGAAAUCUUCAGGGAGGAUGAGGGUUUUAUAAAGGAAGAGGAGCGACCUCUGCCAGAGAAUGAGUUCCAGAGACAGGUGUGGCUUCUGUUUGAAUACCCAGAGAGCUCAGGACCAGCUCGGAUCAUUGCGAUAAUUUCUGUCAUGGUGAUUCUUAUCUCUAUUGUCAGCUUCUGCCUGGAGACACUGCCACUUAAACGAAAUGAAGAUGAGGAGAUGUAUAAUUCACUCCAGAACCCAUACAACAACACUUCUCCAUCUGCAAGCUUUUAUUUUACAGAUCCUUUCUUCAUUGUUGAGACCCUUUGCAUCAUCUGGUUCUCUUUUGAGUUCCUAGUGAGGUUCUUUGCCUGUCCCAGCAAAACUGGAUUUUUUGGCAACAUCAUGAACAUCAUUGAUAUUGUGGCAAUCAUCCCGUACUUCAUCACCCUGGGCACAGAAUUAGCAGAGCGGCCAGAGGACGGCCAGGCAGGUCAGCAGGCUAUGUCUUUGGCUAUUCUCCGUGUCAUCCGUCUCGUUAGGGUGUUUCGUAUCUUCAAACUCUCGCGUCAUUCCAAGGGGCUCCAGAUUUUAGGACAGACUCUGAAGGCCAGUAUGCGUGAGCUGGGCCUCCUCAUCUUCUUCCUGUUCAUUGGUGUUAUCCUCUUCUCUAGUGCGGUCUACUUCGCAGAAGCAGACGAGCAACAGUCCCAGUUCAGCAGCAUCCCAGAGGCCUUUUGGUGGGCAGUGGUUUCCAUGACAACAGUAGGCUAUGGAGACAUGGUCCCAACAACUAUUGGAGGGAAGAUUGUGGGGUCUCUCUGUGCAAUUGCCGGUGUGCUGACUAUCGCACUGCCUGUACCUGUUAUUGUAUCAAACUUCAACUACUUCUACCACAGAGAGACAGAAGGUGAGGAACAGGCACAGUAUCUGAAUAUCCCAAGUGUGCCUAAAGCCAGCUCAGCUGACGAUCUGAAGAAGAGCGGUCGGAGCGGCAGUGGAUCCACUAUCAGUAAGUCUGACUAUGUGGAGAUCCAGGAGGCGGUGAACCACAGUAUGGAGGACUUCAGAUCAGAGGCCAGGAAAACAGGAAACUGCACCUUGGCCAACACUAACUAUGUAAACAUCACUAAGAUGCGUACAGAUGUAUAAUGUGAGCUUAGAUUAGUUAGAUUAACUUCUGCUGGGAUCUACAAUAACUGUAAUGGGAAGAUGAAAGUCCCUGUGCUGACAAAUGCGUGGGGUCCAGUAUGGGAGUACAGAUCAGAUCAGUGAGAUUAACUUGGAGAAAGGGUCAAUAGAGAAGACCACAUUCUUUCCCAUAUCAUAUGCAUACUAUAGAAGUGUCAGCUGUCGUAUUUAGGACAUUGUAAGCGUCUGCAUGGAGUUAGUCUUACCUGUGACAGUAGUCUUCCUGCUUGCAACAGUAGCCAAAUCGUAGCCUAACCAUAAUAAUCAAUAAUAACAACAUAAAGGGACCACUAGUUUCUAUCUUGUUUCUCAAAUUGCUGCAGAGAGAAUGCAUGAUGACAAUAUUACAAGAAUAUUACAGAUGAGUCACUGUUUUAUUCAUAACUUAUUAACUUAUUAAAACAGGCCAUUCGAUCAGCAUUCAUGGGUGGCUUUAAUCUGCUGCUCUAACUGCCAAGGUCCAGAUACAGAGAAAGAUCAUUUCAACAAGAUCACAGCUGUUCUGUCAGGGGAACACUGAAUUAAGAAAACAGAGAACAAGAGACAGUGCAAUACUAACACAUUUUUGACUGUGUGCACAUUCAUUCCUUCAGCCUUCGCUACAUCUUGUCUGGUACAAGCUGACAGAGAUAAGUAGAGACCAACAGCCUUAAUGAAUGCUUUGCUGUAAUUCUGGACUGCGAUAGUGCACCUUCUAUUCCUGCCAUUUCUUCUUGGUGAUGUUCAAGUAGAUUUACAACCUCUAUAUAUGAUGCAGACACUUGCCAGCCUUUUGUUUUUUUGUUGGCUCUAAUCAGUGCAGACUAGCAG